AGAUUUUAUAUAGCAGGUUAGGGUUAUCAAAUAUGGAUGUAUCACAACUUUUCUUCAUGAAUCAAGCUCCUUGUGACUUUUUUCCAGAAAGAACAUUGAAUAAUAACUAUGAGUUCUCUUCUAAUAUGAUGGGGGCAGUUACAGAUCAACAACAAGGAUCGUGUUUUGAUGAUUUGGAAGAAGAAAAUGAAAAACAAGAAAAAGAGUUAUAUCUGUGUAGUGAAUUAGGAGUAUUCCUUGCUCAAGAACUUGAAGAACUUUUGAUGCAACAAAAAAAUUUAGUCAAUGAUCAUACUAGAAUGCUUCUUGAUCUACAGUCAUAUGAAACUUCCAAAAAGUCCUUCCUCGACCUUGCUGAUAUGGAUGCUGCUUCAGAAUUAAAUGACACACUCAGUACACUCAGUUGUUUUUCUCCUGAUAGUGAACUUUCAUCCGAGCUUCAAUUCAUCAAAAAACGUUUCCAUCAAUCAUCUAGCUGUAGUGGAAUAGACAGUGUGGACAAACUGACCAACCUACAAUCACAGCGUCACCCGAUUCGUUCAGUCAUUCACUUUCUUGAUGAUCUGCGUAAGAAUCCAACUUUACAAAGAUCUGGUUCAGUUGAUAGUUUGACCGACAUACAGAGUAUUCCUGAAUCAACAUUGACUUCUUAUUCAACUCCUGCAACUAAAAACUUACAAUCAGAUUUAGAGAAACUACAACGUGCUCACGAUAGUAUCACACGACUCGAAGUUCAACUAGAUUCAACAAGAGCAAAAUAUCGAACUAUGAUGACAGAAUAUUCUCGGAAGUUGAAAGAAAUUUCACAAAGUCUCGGUAAUUGUGUAGAAAGAGCAAGACCCUACUUCGAUUCAGUCAUGAAAGCAAGAAAGGCGCAAAUGGAGACCCAGCAGGCUGCCAUUAGGUAUAAAAGAGCAGUUAACCUUCAGAAAGCAGGAAGAGAUAUGGUUCGAGUCGCAGAAGAACGUCUGUCUUUAUCAUCGGAUAAGUUUGACACAACAUGGCAGGAAAUGUUGAACCAAGCAACUUCAAAGGUAAAUGAAGCAUCAAGAGAAAAAGAUUAUAUACACGGAAUUCACAUGAAAGCUGCUGGAAUUUUUAAAGCUGCUGAAGAUGAUAAAAACAAAUAUCAAGUUACUUUACAAAGAAAUAUUGUCAAGGCAAAACCUUAUUUCGAAGUCCAGCAGGAUUUUCAAAUUAAACUUGAGGCGAUUACAAAGAAGCUAAAUUCUCUUGAAGUCAAAUUAUUAGAAGCUCGUCAGUUCUACUCUGACGCUCUUUCGUCCAUCAGACAAUCUGGUGAUGGAGAGGGCUCAUCUAUAGCACUUGACUCACUGGCAGAAAGAGGAAUGGGUGUCGGGGCUGAGAAUCCUUACGCGUCCGUGUUACCUAAACCAAUGCAAGACAUUCUGCGCCAGGAGGCUGCUACAACAAAAACGAAGGAAUCAAAAAAUAAGUCAACAGUUGUUGAAUCAAAAACAGAAGGAGUUGUAAAAUCAUUAAGAUAUCAAUAUAAUCCUUAUGACCUUAUGUAUCUCAACGAUACUGGUUCUGACACAGGUAGCAUCCGAGAUGGUGGAUUUGAUGGUUAUAUACAGGAUUUUUAAUAUGUGUGAGCUAUGUAUGCUAAGGUGUCUGAUUCGGGUCUUAUUAUCUUAAAAUCUUCUCUGCUUUUCUGAAAUGAUGCAUUCAGUUUCUUAUUAUAUAUUAAAAAAAACGAAAAUGCAUUAGUACUUCUAAAAAGUGCAUUUUGGACAUUAUUUUAGCGCUCCAACUGUAUUUUACGUGCUUUCGAGAAUUUUGAAUGAAGCAACUAAGCAUGUUGUUUAAACCUGCCCCGAGUUACAAGUAUCAGCACCAGCCCAAUUUUUUAUCUGAAGUACCCACUCUCCACUUAUGACAAAUUCUUGGUGCCAAACCCUGCCUUCACAAACAAAUUUCGAACACUUAUUGAGGUGGGAAUUCAGCAAGCAGUAUGGGUAAACCCGGGGCGAACACCCCUGUAUGGGCUGAUAAGGUCAAGUCUCAAGUUAUCAUCUGAUUAUCAAUUUUUUUUAUGUCAUUAUGGUAUACUUCUGUACGGACCUGUUCAAACGAAAGUCUUUCCUCAUGAACAAAGCCAGUGAUUCAUUAUAUCU